ACGCGCGCGGCCGGGGAGAAGCUAAGCUAAGCUAGUUAACGGUCUGAAGCGAGCGGUCGCGGGGCCUUGUUCUGUUUUCGGGGUGGCAAGCUUGAUCGCGAUGGCUGUGGAGUCGAGAGUUACGCAAGAGGAAAUCAAGAAGGAGCCGGAGAAGCCGGUGGACCGAGAGAAGACAUGUCCACUGCUGCUUAGAGUCUUCACUACCAAUAACGGCCGGCACCACCGAAUGGACGAGUUUGCCCGGGGGAACGUGCCGUCGAGCGAGCUUCAGAUUUACACCUGGAUGGACGCCACGCUGAAAGAGCUGACCAGCCUGGUCAAGGAGGUUUAUCCCGAGGCUCGAAAGAAAGGCACGCAUUUCGGCUUUGCCAUUGUGUACCCAGACCCUAAACGGCAAGGCUACAGAGUUAAAGACAUCGGCAACACGGUAUCAGGUCGCAAGGGUGCUGACGACUCUAUGACGCUGCAGUCUCAGCGCUUUCAGAUCGGAGAUUAUCUUGACAUCGCCAUUACCCCGCCUAAUCGGGCGCCACCUCUCCAAGGACGCAUGAGACCCUACUGAUCCUGUCCAACUGUCACUCUGCGUUCCUGCAGUCUGGUCUACGGCUGAAGUUUUUUGUUGUAUCUUUUAGUUUCUUUAUUGAGUUUUUAUACCAAAUUCAUUGGUUCCAUAUUGUUAGCUUUGAGGUUUUAACAGUCAUCAUUGCCACCAUGUACAGCUUUUGUUAAUAAACAUAAUGUUUUCCUGGUAAACUUA